GUUUCUUCAUGUUCGUACGCAGCCCGGGGAGCCUGGCCGAAAGCAGGAAGUGCUAGUUGCACAAUCUUAGCUAGUGAGCUACUUGUAGUCAGUUAGGGUAGCUUGGCAUUUAACUUAGCAGUCACAAUGGGGCUGUUCGGUAGAACACCGGAGAAACCACCAAAAGAUCUGAUCAAUGAGUGGUCUCAGAAAAUCAGGAAGGAAAUGAGAGUGAUUGAUAGACAAAUUCGAGAUAUUCAAAGGGAACAAGAAAAAGUUAAAAGAUCCAUCAAGGAUGCUGCCAAAAAGGGCCAGAAGGAUGUGUGUGUGAUUCUGGCAAAGGAGAUGAUUCAGUCAAAACGAGCUAUCACAAAACUUUACGCUUCAAAAGCCCAGAUGAACUCUGUGCUACUCAGCAUGAAGAACCAGCUGGCCGUAUUGCGUGUAGCAGGGGCCCUGCAGAAGAGCACAGAGGUCAUGAAAGCCAUGCAGAGCCUAGUCAAAAUCCCAGAGAUCCAGGCCACCAUGAGGGAGCUAUCAAAGGAGAUGACGAAGGCUGGCAUCAUUGAGGAGAUGUUGGAAGACACGUUUGAGAGCAUGGAAGAUGGAGAAGAGAUGGAGGAAGCAGCAGAGGAGGAAGUUGACAAGAUCCUCUUUGAUAUCACAGCAGGUGCACUUGGCAAAGCACCAAGCAAAGUCACAGAUGCCCUGCCUGAACCGGAAGUGGACGAGUCAGAGGAGGACAUUGAAGCAAUGCAGUCCAGAUUGGCAGCACUGAGGAGCUAAGGGAUAGCCCCUGGUAUGUCUUUAUUAUCCAAAGUCAAACAGAAGGUUCAAGAGAGUGUAUAUAAUGUAAGUAUGAAAAGCCUGCUGUGCCUAAAGUGCUUCAUCGUAUUCUUCUCCUGUCCUAAGUUAUGGACUGUUGGUGGAGGCACUUGGGUGUUUAUUAUCCAAACAAGUGGUUGAAUAAUGGUUGAUGGAAGCCACCCUGCACAUAAAUCACAUCCUAGAUUCAGCAGUAGCUCUAAUCUGUUAGAAUACAUUUUGUGGGUGCAGAUGUUCUGUAGACCAGUAACUGGCCACUAUUAUCUGAAACACUAAAGGUGAGGGGUGAAUUUUUCUUUUGAUAGUUUAUUUCCUGUGCAGUCAAAGUGUAUCUAUUCUAUAUGUGGUACAUGUACGUGUGAAGUACACUCAUCAGCAAAAUGCAUGCAUACUACCCUAACCUGUUUCUUUCAUUAACAUUCUGCUUGCUCGGUGUAUGACUUUGUAUCACAGGAAGCAGGAAGAUGCAGUGGAAAUGGAAAACGUGGUUAAUAAGGAACCUAUGUACUGUUGAAGUAUUAUGUGUGUAAGUUUUCUAUGUGAGUGGGGGAAAAUAAGGAAAUAAACUUUUAAGUACA